UCCACUUCAAAAAUCUUCUGUGUUUCUCAGCUACUUUCUGUGCGCUGCUAUGCAUGGCUAGUGCAAUCAGCCGAGAAGGAGAAGAACUCCUCCGGUGGAAGGACACUCUACUCGACUCCCCUUUUCUGUCCUCAUGGUCACGUGACAACCUGACCUGCUCCUGGGAUUUCCUAUCCUGUGACAGUUCCGGCCAUGUUACGGACCUCUUUCUUAGUGGCGAAGGCCUCAGCGGCACGCUUGAUGCCUUGUACUCCACCUCGUUCCCGUACCUCGCAAAGCUCACCCUCAGCAACAACAGCCUCGCUGGGGCCAUCCCAGCAAACACAACCCUGUUUCUCGCGGUGGUGGAGCUCGACCUAUCGCAUAACGCACUCUCAGGUUCGAUUCCACAUAACCUGCAAGAUAUGGCGCCAAAUUUAGAGUUACUUGAUCUAUCAUUCAAUAUGUUCUCGGGGCCUAUACCAAGGCGGCUCUCGGGGCUGAGAAAUUUGGAAAGACUCACCCUCGCAAACAAUAAUCUCACCGGAGGAAUCCCUAAGGAUCUUGGUAACCUUACCGAUCUCAUGGACAUGGACCUCUCCUGGAACAUGUUAUCGGGAGGAAUACCAAAGGAGCUUGGUAAAUUCCAUUAUCUGUUGAUAUUGGAUUUAUCGUGGAACAUGUUGUCAGGAGGAAUCCCAGAUGAGCUUGGUAACACUACCGCCCUCUCCAUGAGUUUCUCGUGGAACAUGCUCUCUGGGAGUUUGCCACCAUCCAUUUCCAGGAUUCAGGGAAUAAAUAAGUUUGAUGUUGGGAAUAAUCUCCACCUGAGCGGCAACAUCCCAUUGGAAUUGUUCAAAAACUGGACCGAUAUCACGAAUUUCUAUAUUGCCAACAACACCUUUACUGGAAACAUCAGCGAUGUUGUUUGUCAGCCAGGUACUAAUCUAGUAGGGUUAGACUUGUCGAAUAAUCUCUUGUCUGGAUUCCCUAGUUGUCUAUGGAACUGGAGCAAUCUUGUUUAUAUGGACUUGUCGAGCAAUGCUUUUGUUGGAGAAGUUCCAGCCUUAACGAACCCUCCUCCUUCUUCACUACUAUCGGUGCAUCUGGCAAACAACAACUUCACAGGAUGUUUUCCAAUUGCUCUGCAGAAAUCAAAAAGCUUAGUAUCUUUGGAUCUGGGGGGAAAUAAGUUUUCUGGAACAAUUCCUUCAUGGAUAGGGGCAAGUUUUCCUUUGCUAAGAAUCCUACGACUACGGUUAAAUAUGUUUCAUGGAAGUAUCCCUUGGGAGGUAUCACAAAUCCCUCAUCUCCAUUUGCUUGAUCUAGCCGAAAAUAAUCUCACUGGUUCGGUACCAGUAACUUUUAGCAACUUUACAUACAAAGAUAUCUUACAAGAGAUGGAUUUUGAAGGCGGCCAAUUGGGUGCUCAGACAAUGUUACGCGACAAUAUGUAUCAUUCAUUUGAUGGUCACACAGAAAUAGUUUGGAAGGGACGAUAUUAUACUUUUAAUAGAGAAAUUAAUCUUAUGAUUGGUAUCGAUCUCUCAAGCAACUACCUUUCUGGCGAGAUCCCUGCAGAAUUAUUGAAUCUUGGAGACAUUCGCUUCCUGAACUUGUCAAGAAAUAAUUUAUCUGGUGCUAUCCCAAGUAACAUUGGUAACUUGACAUAUGUGGAGUCUCUUGACCUCUCUCAAAACAAGCUGUUGGGUCCUAUUCCUUCAAGCAUAUCACACUUGAUGUUCCUCAACUCUCUCAAUCUCUCCGACAACCUUCUGUCAGGAGACAUACCUACAGGCAAUCAGCUCCAAACACUCAACGACCCCUCCAUUUAUAGCAACAACUUGGGACUAUGUGGUGUCGUCCUGAGCAUUCCAUGUAAAGGAAAUUCAAGUUCUCCAACAACACUGGAUGAGGCAAGGGAAGAUCGCCAUCAACUCGAAACCAUGUGGCUGUACUACUCAGUGAUUGCUGGAACUAUCUUUGGUUUCUGGGUAUGGUUUGGAGCAUUGUUUUUCUGCAAGAUCUGGAGGUUUGCUUUCUUCAGGUGCAUCGAUGCACUGCACGAAAAGUGUAUACUGAAGAUGGAGCGUUCCUAACCGUACCGCACUCUGCUUCACACUUAUCACCUGUGAGUUUCUUCAAAUUUACGCACUACAAUGCCAUGUACAUGUAUUGUCCAUGGCCCUUCUCUUUGUUUCCGUUCACCAAAUAAGUUGUAAUGAUAUGUUCCUAUGUGAGCAGGAGUGUUUUAUAGUCGUUCUGAACUUCUGAUGAGACAGUUUUGUAGACUUGUAAUAUGUGUUACUCUCUCAAUAUUCUGAGUUGCGGUUAUUUAUGAUUUUUUUUUUGAG